CACAUAACGCUAAAUGGACCAUUCGGUGUUUUUGACGGAAUUGCAUAUUUGUGCUUGUCUCUGCAUGCCUGCCUGAAAAGAUCGCAUGCAGAAGACUUUAGGUUGUUCAAGAGUUUCUCCAUGAACAACCUAAAUAAUCCUCCAAGAUGGAAUAUUAGACCAGAUCCAGGGCCAGAUGACGUUGGUAAAUGGAAUUAUGCCCUGCUUGUGCCCAUGAUCGGGCUGGCAGCAUUUCGUUGGAUAUGGAGUCGAGAAUCAAAACGACAGAUCCAAGAUGUGAAAACUAAGUACGAUAGCGACAUGGCUGCCAUCACCAGACAUCUGGAGCUGAAGUACAGGGACAAACUGAAGGAAAACCACCGGACUGCCGCGCACCUGGAGGUAGAGCUCGAGAAGGAACGUCAACGCGUACAAGGCUACAGAAAGGCACUGAUCUCUCAGAGCCAACAGGCCCUGCAGGAAAGAAAGCAGCUUCAACAGGAACGACAACACCUGGAGCAGGAAAAGAACCGCUUGCUGGAGUCCGGUGCAGCCGGGGUAGCGCUGCGGGAAGCCCUGCAGCGAGAGGAGGAAUGGCAGCGAAGGGCUCAAGCUCUGCUGAUGGGACUGGAAGUGCAGCUAGUGGAGAGGCAAGAAGCUUUCUGCAGCAUCCUGCUGCCGCGGGAACAUCGUCUGGAGAUGGAGAAGGACCUGCUGCUGAAAGUGGUUAAAGACCCUUUAGGUGCUGAGCUGAACCUUGAGGAUGAUCUCAGGGACAUUUUUAAGAACGACAGACACUGUGCAAAUUUGUUAAACAUGGAUAAGCGAAAGAAUGGGAAUUUGAUGUGGCUGUAUCUCAGGUACUGGCAACUGCAGGUCACCCUGCAGAAACACAGGAGAGCGGAGGAGACCCUUAAAGGAGCCCCACCAAACUUAUGCAAACCUUGGUGAUAAAAAACAGGUGAUAAACAGAUCCUCUAAAACACCUAAGGUCUUGAAGUCCGGUAUGUUUUUUGCACUGAUCUUUCUCUUGUCAUGUUGUGUUCAUCAACUAUUUAUGAUGCCAAACAUCAGGCCUGUUGAGUCUUUGACAAUCAUUUUACAUUCUGAGCACUUCUAUUUUGUCUAACAAAAAGUUUAUCUGUCAUUUAUUUGUCAUGGGGCUUAGCACUUUUUAAGUUUAAGCUUUUACACUACAAAUAAGACUAGUCAUUGUAAUGUUUUACAGUUGCUAAAUUAAAGAUUAAUUGAAAUGAAUAGGAUUUAUUCAUUGUUAGUCUCAGAUGGUUCUUAACUAUUAUAUCCUUUGUGUUAUUGUACAAAUAAGAAUAUACUUUUGCUGAGAUGCGCAAUAAAUGCCUUUCUGAAAUAAAGGACUUAUGACAUUUCAAA